AUGGCGCCAGUGACUUUGGUGGCUUUGACUGAAGAAUGGAUAAUGAACAAAUUGGGAUUACCUCACAAACGCCUUGGAGAUGUUCGUUCACUGAGCCUUCCCGGUAACUAUAAGCAGAAAAUCGGAAGUCUGGGAAAUGGACUGGCCAAUUUUGGACGUCUGAAAUCUCUAAAUCUUGCACACAAUUCAUUAGUCUCUGUUGAGGGUGUGCAACACUUGAAACAGUUAAACAUCCUAAAUCUAUACUACAACUGCAUACCUUCCAUUAAGGAAGUGAAGGUCCUCUUUGAGUUGCCAGCUUUGAGGGACCUUGACCUCAGACUCAAUCCUAUUGCCAAGAUUGAGCCACACUACCGACCUUAUGUGGUGCAUGCCAUGGAUAACCUACGCAAAUUAGAUGGAUAUCCAGUAAAACAUUUUGAGCGCCAGGCAGCCAAGAAGCAGUUCUCACAACAAAGUAAAUCUGAAUGCCACUUCCAGAAAAGUUACUGUAAGCCCCUGGAGGAGUUGCUCGAGCUCAUGGACAAACAUUGGGUAGGAGAGAGAACUCUGCAACUUGACACCAACUUCCUGAUUCAGAUUGUCCAGAUCCUCUCGAUGAUGGAAAACCAUAUCUCUAAUCAGGAGGCCAAGGUCAUGAACUUAAAAAAGGAAGUUGGGGCGUGGUGUGUUUUUGCAGCCACACAAGAACGAGAUCACGACGCAGAUAUGAAGAAAGUCACUGCUAAUCUGGACGAGCUCAAUAUGCAAUUGCGGACUGCCUUGGAGGAGAACGUUGCCCUUCAAAGAGAGUUGCGCAUGUCACAACAGGCUCAGAGAACGGUGGAUGAGCUGAGAAUUCAAGUGGAAAAGCCGUGA